AUGCCUUCCGACACCCUCGGUUUGACUGUCGGUACCGGUUUAGGGGUGAGUGUCCUCGCUGGUAUCUUGUCCGGGGUCUGUUUCAUCAUCGGAUACAGGAGCAGGAUCGGCAGAAAGAGAAACCGAAAGUGGCACUGCAACGUUUGUGGUGAAUAUCUACGAUCUGCUGGAUUCGUAUUGAGAAACGGUCAGUUUGUUUACUGCGCCAAAUGUAACACCAAAGUCUGUAGAUCAGCAUGUUCAGUAGAAGAAGCAGAUGGUUCUUGGGUAUGCAACCUGUGCGCCCCAAAAGUAAACAGCUGGAUUGAUGGAGCCUUCAAGGUUGUGGAACCCUUCACGAAAGCUCUCCUUUCUAGAAUGAGUCUUAUGGGUGAACCACCCGACGAACUAGAAGAAUAUUUGGAAGAAGAGAGAAACAGAGAGAAAGAACAACUACGUGACUUCAUUGAGAGGCUGGUGAAUGACAUACUCGGUGAAAACGUUGAUGAUGCAAGCAUCAAUAAGAUUUACGACGACAGUAAUUAUGAGAAAAUUUUCGAAAAAUACCACAGGAACCUCAGUGAAAUCCUGACAGACUUGGGAACAUCUCUUCAGAUAUCCCUCAGUCAUCUACCACUUGUAGGGGAGUCCCCUUGCUCAGCUCACACAGCGCUCAAAGUCAUCAUACAAAAGAUCAUCAGAGAAGCUAGUCAGCUUCCAAAAUUGAAUGGAGAAGGAACAACCAACGCCUUGGAACAAAACAAUAGGACAUACGAAGACCUUCUCUCAACUGCCAUAUUGAAUAAAAUAAUAAGUACAUCACAGAGCAACCUGCACACAGAAACUGGUUCAUCAUCGAGGACCAACAGCGUCUACAGCCAUAGAUCGUCUUCGUCCAGGAGACGAGCUCAAAAAGAAUAUUUCUUCGGUGAAGAAACGUUAGACCACAAAUGGAAGAAUGUCGAUACGGACACAGCGUCGAUUUCCAGCUUGGAAGAAUGGGUACAUAGUGAUUCUAGUCUCGGUUCAACCAAAUAUGUGGAUAAGGUGUCAUUGACGAUCAAGCAACGAAUAGAAGAAGUCUCUUCCAGCGAUUCAGAACGAGAAGACGAGAGACUCGACGAAGCGGAGUACUUCCGGUCCAACUCGGCGUUCUCCAACGAAGAACCGAACUGGUUCCUGCAGAAGAGGCAGUUCAGAGGCGGCACCAGUUCCCCGGUUCCGGUGCCCAUGCUGGUGCCCGAUCCUACCACCGAGGCCAAGGUGCUCAUCGGCGACCGGGAAGUCGAGGACACGUCCGAUCUGUCGGACGUACCGUCCGAUUUCGAGCACGAUCCGGCCGAUCAGGUCAGCCUGAUGGACGUGAAGAACCACCUGAUCGAGACCAAGUGCCUGAUCGGCGGGAAGAACCCGCUGGUCGACCUGUCGGUCGCGCGACUGUCGGACGACGAGGUGUCGGCCGACUCGGGCGUGAAGGAGUGCAAGGAUCUGGACGAGGCGGAUCCGGAGGCUUUGACGGCCGGUCGGAAACACGAGAAUGAAGUCGCGCCUUCGAUAUGUUCAGAUGGCAGCACAGCAGAACGAGAUACUGAAUACACAGAAAAAUACGCAACCCUACCCAGGACCAUCUUGUUACCCCUGGAAAGCAGCAGGUCUGUAAAGAAUGGAAACAAUGAAAACAAUAAACCCGGAUUAGGAGAUAAAGAACAAACGAACGGCAUAGAAGAAGAAAGCAACGAGGAAAAUCCAAUCGAGUUUACAGGUGUAUACAGUCAGAGAGAAAAGGAAAAAUGGAAGAAUGCCGUUGAGCUUAAAAACAAUCCAUACUCAAAGGAAAACAUAGAAAGGCGAAUCAAAUCACGAAAUUCUAUAAAUUCCCUAUUUGGGAGUGACUACUACAUCAGGCAAGCUCGCCUACCCUCCGGUGCGAAGAAGUCUGAGGUCGCAAAUUCAGAUUCGAAGAGCGAGGAAGACGUUCCUUCGAAUCAAGAAGAAGAAGAGGAGCUCAUCUACGAAGAUUGCCAGGAAGACGAGCCCGUGGUCGAUUCCUUCGCGGCCAAGAAAAUUUUUCUGGACGAAUCCAACCCGGCGAGCUUGGAAAAAACGACCAACGGUUUCAACUCCCUGGAGACGAAUUCGUCGGAACGUUUCGACUCGGAAAUAGUGCUAUCUUCAGAGAUAACCAGCGACUCCGAGGCGAGCUUGGUGAAUUGUUACGAUGUAACCCAGUCCGUCGUCUAUAAAAAAUUGUCGAAGGACGAUAACGAGGAGAUCCAAACGGCCGAGCAAUUUUUCGGUUUCGAAAGUUUGGACGCUUGCUCGAACCACGAGGAAGUGGAUUGCGUCGAGGAGUUGUCGGUGAAGCCAGUGGCUAAACCCAGGAGAAACGUGAACUCCAUUCCCAACACUGAGAUCAAGAUGCAGACCUUUGAAGAAGGCGCCGAGGAGAAACAGAGAUGCAAGGAAUCAGACGAUGGUUUCGACGCAGUACCAUACGUCAUAAAUAAAAGGUCCGAUAACACCCUGAUAAGGAAGAUUUACUCGGAUCCUAGCGUGAGAUCCUUCGCUUUAAACAACAGAAACAAACUACCGAUAUCAGUCGAUGACACUUUCAAGAAUAAAAAACCCCCCUCACCUCCUAGAACAUCCCCGGAGAAAUCCAAUACGAAGCCGUUAAAAACUGAAUCAAGAAAGAUCGCGGAGUUUCCCAAAAAACCGGAGGAAGCCAAAGUAUCGAGCGAAUGGGAGGCAAAGUAUGCCGAUAUAGAUUGUUUUUAUGCCAGGGCAAACGCGGUAACGAAAGACAGCAAAUCUGACGGGGACGAAAAAGAGAUCAUAGAGUUGAAGGAGCAAAAAUUGGUGUCCAGCAGAUUGAAAGAGUUCUCCAAGUCUUCUAUAAAUCUGUCGAGGAUAUCGGAUGAAAGUCUAGAUCAGGGAUUUUCCAGUGGACUGAACAAAAACAGAGCAGCUUCUGUUGAAAUCGACGGCACUGAAAGGGAGCCACAAUAUCAAAGAGGCGAGAGAUCGACCUCUGUUAAAGAUUUGAGGAAGAAAUUCGAACAAUUCGAUGCAAAAGCUAAGUCCGAAAAAGCUAUAUUGUAUAGCUUGACAGGGCGUAGCAUUUCCAAGCAAUUCAAAGAAAGACUCAGGGAAAUCGGUGAUGAUUCUCUGACCCUUUCACAAGUUCAUUCUUUAUCGCUCACAAAUCUGGAAGUGGAAGAGAAUUCAAGAUAAUUCUGAUGUGAAAAGGAGAGGAACCUAAGGAAUAAAUUAUUUAUUUAAUAUUAUCAUAUUUAAAUUUUGUAUAUUUUUGUUUUUGUCAGGUACUUGUUGAAUAUAUUUGUGAGAAAAAUA